GGCAAAGUUGGUCUUCUCGCGAUAUUUCCGUAGUGGGUGGUGAAGUCAGAGAUGGCAGCUAUCGCCCUGAAGUCCUGUCGCAAAGGACUUUCUCACAUUUUGAGGGAUGGAGCAGUCGCUACUCUCUCGCCAAAGGCUUUGGGAGGUGUGAGACAGAAGUCCUCUGUACAGUAUGCAACGAGGCCAGAGCUCCCCAAGCUGGCCUACCGCAGGGUAAAGGGGAAGAGUCCAGGCGUGGUCUUCCUGCCUGGGUAUGGAUCCAACAUGAACGGCCAGAAAGCUGAGGCCCUGGAGGAGUUCUGCAGGUCGCUAGGACACUCAUACCUUAGGUUUGACUACACAGGCCAUGGGUUAUCGGAGGGGGUGUUCACUGAAGGGACCAUCGGCACCUGGAAGAAAGACGUCCUCUUCGUGUUGGAUGAACUAACAGAGGGUCCACAGAUCAUGGUAGGGUCUAGUAUGGGCGGCUGGCUCAUGCUGUUGGCAGCUAUCGCCAGGCCGGAGAAGACUGCAGCUCUGGUGGGCAUAUCCACGGCAGCAGACCACAUCGUCACAGCCUUCAAGUCAAUGUCUUUAGAGGUGCGUAAGGAGAUUGAAGAGAAGGGCGUGCUGACUGUGCCCACCAAGCACAGCGAGGAGGGCGCCUACACGUUCACUAUUGGCUUCCUGAACGAGGCGGAGAACCACUGUGUCCUCCAGAGCCCCAUCCCCAUCACCUGCCCCGUGAGGCUCAUCCACGGCCUGAAGGACGACGACGUGCCCUGGCACAUCUCCAUGCAAGUGGCCCAGCGCGUCCUCAGCCCCGACGUGGACGUCAUCCUACGCCGCCACGGCCAGCACCGCAUGGCCGAGAAGGAUGACAUCAGGCUCAUGGUCUACACCAUCGACGACCUCAUAGACAAGCUGACCACCCUGGUUUGAGUUGGGGGGGGUGUUAGGAAUGCACCCCAUUGGAGAGGCAGGAGCAGCCAUAUCUGAUCCCCCUCUCCCCUUCCCCUUCCUGCCAUCCUACAGUUUGUCCUCAGUAUGCUGUUACAAAGCAAGAGAGAGAGACGAGGAUUAUCGAAAGUACAAACUGUGACGGAACGAGGAUGUCGUCUGUCAGAAACCUCAGCCAGGUCCCUAAUGCCUGCCUUGGGGAGGGAGUGUGUCUUUUACCAGUUUACUCUGUGCAGUGUUUUUUAGGUAAACCUUUCUACGGGCAAUGCUGCCACUGCUAAUGCUGCCACUGCUAAUGCUGCCACUGCUAAUGCUGCCACUGCUAAUGCUGCCACUGUUUGUUUGCCAGAUCCUGAUCCCUUUGCCAGACCCCAACAGUUCUACUGUGCCUUUUUUUACCACGUCUCUACCCGUUGGGUCAAUAAAGCCUCUGCACAGCAGAGUGGAGCGCA